ACCAACAACAAUACAGUACAGGUUAUGGUGGCCCUAUAAACCAACAACAACAACACAUUCCACAUAACGUUACAAUGUUUUCCAAACAUAAUGAAAGUUGUGUCAGCUUCACCUCCACCUGGAAGACUGAACAGUCAUUAGAAGCGGGGAGCACACAAACAGAUGAUAUUGUCCAGCAAGAAAGAGAAUGUCAGGUUGUGGAGCAAGCCGAGGUUGGGACCCAAACAGAGGAAGAAGAAGCCCGAAAUUUGGAUCACCGAGAAUAUGAUGAAGUGUCCCUAGCGGCGUUCUUGAAGAGUAUGGCUCCGAAAGUUAUUCGAGAACUAGAGAGACAAAAUAGAAGUCGUGCCUUCCAUGGCUACUCUGUUGCAAAGGAAGAAGAAUCUAUAGGGGUUAAGCUGUUACAUACACUACGCUGGAAUCUGUUGCAUCCUGAGGGAGUAGUGACAUGUAUCAGCUGGAGUUGUACUGGCUCGGUUAUUGGAGUGUCGUACGGGUCGAAGGACCAUGAUGACUGGUGCGAUCACAAGGGUUCCGUGGCCGUCUGGAAUAUAAAUAGGAAUGACUUUGAUGCUAACCAGCCAGAGAGAGUAAUUGAAACAUCAUCUUGUGUCUUAUCCUUGGCGUUCCACCCCAAUAAUCCAGCUGUGUUUGCUGUUGGAACAUUCAACGGAGAAGUGUUGGUGUAUAACCUGUCACACACAGAGGAGGUGACUCCUCUAGACGUGGGAGAGUGUGGGGGCGGCAGUGUGACAACACUCACUUGGGUCAAUAACCUUGCUGGUGAAGUGGCAGCAUCUCGAACAUUGAGUACGUUAGUUGCUACUACAAGUGGUGGGUUUAUCCUGGUGUGGGGGCUGAACCUCACAAAGCAGCAGUUAGCAUUGAAAUCAGGUUAUAUGCUUCAAGGUCAAGAUGCUCCUCGAGGAAUCCGAACACACAUGGAUGGUUCAAGUGGUGUUGGAAUUACUGCAGCUUCAUUUAACGCAGAAGAUUCCAAUCUCUUUGUAUUGGGAGCAGAAGGCGGUAGCUUGUUUCUGUGCUCAGCUACCUCUGAGGUUCCAUCUGGAGUUGAAUUCUCUGGUGUUGGGUUAAUGAGAUGCGUAUCGUCUACCCUCGCUCCUCACUCCGGACGAGUGAUUACUGGGCAGUUUUCACCUCAUCACCGGAAUGCCAUCCUCUCCGCAGCUUCAGAUAAUGAAAUACGACUUUUCACUAUUCUUCAGCCAAACAAACCAGUGAGUGUAAUACAUGCUGAAGAAGGGAUAGCGUGUGUCCGGUGGUCACUGUCUCGUCCUCUGGUGGUGGCUGUGGGUCGUUUAACUGGUGAGGUUGCUCUCUAUGACUUGGGUGUAAAGAACUGCCAGCCAUUCUUGAUUCUGCCAGCUGCUGCCAAACCGUCUCCAAUAACAGUUUUACAAUUCAACAAGAAGAACAUGAAGGUCCUGGCAUGUGGUGACCAACUUGGCCGAGUGUGUGUGUGGAACUUGCCCAACAACGCUGUGUCACCGCUCUCAAGCGAACUCUCCAGUCUCCACACACUCUUAGACAAUAUAGUUGAUUAGUUGCGCUUGCAAUCUUUAUUCUAGUCAAAAUCUGAUGUUUAUAUGGGAGUGUAAUUGUUAUGAAUUACAACAAUGGUGCCACCAUUGUAAGUACAGUUAUUAACAGCUUACUGUUAACAUUACUAUAAUCAUGGAGAGUGCUAAACCCAUGGGGAUUAUAAAGUGCCUGGAGGGGGGGGAUGGAAGGUAUUCAGACUCAUUUCAGGGAACUGGAGCAUAGAUCCAGUUCCCUAGAUCAAGAGCUCCAC